AUGCAAGGAUUGUUUGUUAGACGUCUAGCCCUAUCAUCUCGCUUAUACUCUACUCGUCCUCCAGCUCGUACCAUGGGUGAUUGGCAACAAAACAGCGGUCAAGGAUACACUCCUCGUCCCAGACGCCCUGAAGCUGCUCCAGGAACCAAGAUCUUUGUCGGCAAUCUCUCUUGGAACUCUACUAACGAGUCGCUCUUCAAUGCUUUCGGUGCUCACGGCAGUGUCGUCGAUGCCGUCAUCUUGAACGACCGUGAAACUGGCCGAUCUCGCGGCUUCGGCUUCGUCACAAUGGCCAGCCCCGAAGAAGCUAACGCUGCCAUCUCCACCAUGGACGGAUCUUCUCUCGAUGGCCGAUCCAUCCGUGUCAACUUGGCUACUGCCCGUGCUUAA